GGGGGGGGAGAGAGAUUUUUCAUUUUUUUUCUAACAAACAAAAACGAUUAAUGUCUGUCUGACCUUUUCAGUUAGUGGGUUUCUGGAUUUCGACUAAUGACUUUUAUGCUUGCUCUUAUAUCUCUCAUCAGGACCAGUUGAACUCUUUGUGAGUAUUAUAAUCACUCAUCUUAUUAUUUCCAGUUGGGCAUCUUCCUUCUUCUUCUACUUCUUCUCUUUAGCUGUUUUGGAAGAAAUUAUCUAUUUGUAUAAAUCAUACCCAGAUCUUCUUGCCUUUUGAUCCAGCCGAAUUACAAGUAAUUUGGGGGAACAUAAUGGAAAAAGCGAUACCGGAGAUUAUACUUUUCUUGCACCCUUCAUUUCCUGGCCCUUGGUUUUAAUUGGAACAGUAUAUAAAACAUAAGCUUCAGUGGUGUGUUUCCUGAUCUCUGGUUUGAGUUGUGCUCUUGCAUCUGGGCUUCUGAUUUUAUGAUAAAAAUUUGCUUCUUUUUUUUUUUUUUUCGUCUUACUCUCACUUGGGUUUUACAGAAGGAAGGGGCAAAUGUCAUCUUUCAGAAAGUUGAAAAGCUGAGGGGUUUUUUAGCUUUUGUGGUUUGAUUGGGAUUUCGUUGGUUUGUUUGAUCUCGGAUUUUGAAGGGCGGUUCAGAGCAGAAAUUUUGCUUUAAUAGUGGCUUUGAUUGUUCUCUUCAGAUGAAGAGGGGGACCUGGCCCCCAUGUUUGGAAAUUUUGAAGAGGGAAAGAGCACAACUAUUCAGAUGGGGAAGUAGAGAUGAAAUAUUUGGGUGGAUUAGAAGACAGUCCAUUGGUAACACUGGUUUGAUAUGGGUUGCUGAAUCUCGGUUUUUCAUGUGACUGAUAUCAUUGGUUUUCUGUUUUGUUGAUUUGAGUGUUUUCUGCAUUUAAGGAGCUGUAAGAAACCACUCACCUAGCAGGUUUCUGGGCUUAAGAGGAGCUGGUUGUUUAUUAACUCAAUUAUGAUAAAAAAUAUACUUGGUAGGCUCCCUAGGAAGCCCUCUAAGUCGGCGGAAAAUCGUGAAUCAGGUGGAUCCUCUGGCCCUUCUUCAAAUUCUUCUGCCAGUUCAAGAAGCAAUGAUCUAUUAAAUAGCCGGUCUGCAAACCCAAACCAUGCAUCUCUUCCAGCCGUUAAUUCUGCUUCAAAUUCUGGGGUCAAUCAUGGGAAUAAGCUUUCAGCAGUUGCAAACUCAAAGCUGAAUGGAAAUUCUGCAACUUGUGCUUAUGAGGCAUUGCCUAGUUUUAGGGAUGUUCCCAGCUCUGAGAAGCAAAACUUGAUUAUCAGAAAGCUGAACUUAUGUUGUGUCCUGUUUGAGUUCACUGACCCAACAAAGAACCUGAAAGAAAAGGAAAUCAAACGGCAGACUCUGCUAGAGCUUGUGGAUUUUGUUACUUCUGCAAAUGGGAAGUUCACAGAACCUGUCAUGCAAGAAAUAGUAAAAAUGGUAUCGGUGAAUUUGUUUAGAGCACUCACAUCCCCACCGCGUGAGAACAAGGUUCUGGAAGCCUUUGAUUUGGAAGAGGAGGAACCUUUAAUGGACCCUGCAUGGCCACACUUGCAAAUUGUGUAUGAGUUCCUUCUAAGGUUUGUUGCAUCACCUGAGACAGAUGCAAAGUUAGCUAAAAGGUACAUCGAUCACUCAUUUGUUCUGAGGCUGCUGGACCUCUUUGACUCUGAGGAUCCCAGAGAGAGGGAAUAUUUGAAAACAAUUCUACAUCGUACCUAUGGAAAAUUUAUGGUACACCGCCCAUUCAUCCGGAAAGCUAUCAAUAACAUCUUCUACCGUUUUAUUUUUGAGACAGAGAAGCAUAAUGGGAUUGCUGAGUUGUUAGAGAUUUUGGGCAGUAUAAUCAAUGGGUUUGCUCUACCGCUGAAGGAAGAGCACAAACUGUUUCUUGUUCGAGCUCUGAUUCCACUUCACAAACCAAAAUGCAUACCCAUGUACCAUCAACAGUUAUCUUACUGCAUUACACAAUUUGUGGAAAAAGACUGUAAGCUUUCUGAUACUGUUAUAAGAGGUCUAUUGAAGUAUUGGCCAAUCACUAAUAGUUCAAAAGAGGUCAUGUUCUUAGGUGAACUGGAGGAGGUUUUGGAAGCGACUCAGCUUCCAGAGUUCCAGCGCUGUAUGGUUCCAUUAUUCCGCCAGAUCGCUCGUUGUUUGAGCAGUUCACACUUUCAGGUGGCAGAAAGGGCUCUGUUCUUAUGGAACAAUGAUCAUAUUGAGAACUUAAUCAAACAAAACUGCCAAGUUAUACUGCCCAUUAUCUUCCCUGCCUUGGAUAGAAAUGCAAGAAGCCACUGGAAUCAGGCAGUUCAGAGCUUGACACUGAAUGUACGCAAGAUCUUCUCUGAUCUUGAUCCUGAGGUAUUUGAGAAGUGCUCGGUCAAGUUUCAGGAGGACGAAGCAAAGGAGAAGGAGAUCAAAGCAAAGCGUGAGGCCACCUGGAAGCGGUUAGAAGAGAUUGCUGCAUCAAAAGCUGCAAGUCCCAGAGGGUCAACAGCACCACUGUACAGGGAACAAACUGGCCCAAACUUCUGGUUUUAUAUACAGAUUGUAUAUAUGGGGUUUACAGCAACUGCAGUCCAUAAUCAUAGAGGAAGAUUCGUAGUAAUUUUGGCUUUCUUGGUUGAUUUUCUAUAGGGUCACAUAAAGGAGCUACAAAUGAGAGGUAUCUUCCUACCUAAGUGCCAUAUACUUCUUUUGCUUCUAUUGGUUCUGGAAUGUGAAUUAAACCACUGCUCGAUCAUCAUUUAUUUAUGUGUAUGCCUUUAUUUUUAUUUCUUUAAAAAAUGGAAGCGUUUCUUGACUUGA